AGCGCACGGCACCGCGCCGCGCUCCCGGGCUUUCGUCUGAUGGAAUAAAUUAAAACACACAAAAUGUGCUCACUAGUGUCCCAGUUUGUGUUCUUUCGUAGUGCCAAUGUGUUGUUUGUGUUAUUCGACCGCUGAAGUGUGCACAUAUUCAAACAGACAGUCAAAGAGAACAACUGUCACCAUCACAAUAGCUAUUAAUGGCACGCCACUAGAGUCAGUCACGCCAUACUCAGCAAUGGCACCAAGAAAAUAAACCGCCAUGUGAAGAAAAUAAAGAAAAACAAUGUUCGCGAAAACAGACCGAUUUUGGGACCGCAGAAAGUGUAGGGUUGCGCGAUGACCUCCGAAUACCGGUCCCACGUUUGUAUAAAAUAAUCGAUUCAAAUCGAUUUUAGAUACACUAUAGUAUACUGCUUCUUUGUGUGUUAUAUAUUAUUGCGCGUGUGUGUUUUUAUUAUUAAUUUGCGGGGUUUAUUCAGUUGGUUUUUGUGUUACAAAUUUUUCGGUGUUCAAAAGCAAUACUAGCUAAGAGGCAUUCGUGAUAAGUGAUGUACAUAAUAAAUAAAUUAUCCUCUCUCGUAUAUAAUAUGUAAAUAUUCAAUCCGAUAAUCGCUUAAACACAGUUCGGGUAAACGGGUAUUAGUAAGUUAAACUAAUUAAGUAAAAUUAUUAAAUCGAUUAAACAAAAUAUUCCGUUCCUCUAUAUGCAAUAAUAAUAGAACCCAAUCGAAUUGCAAAUUCGAAUCGCAAUAUUAGUUAAAUCAACGGGGCCAAAGAAAUACCACUAAUUAUAUUCUGCAAAACAAUAAACGUAGUUAGCUGAAUUAAAUAAAAAAAAACCGGGUACCGAAACCAAAAUGGUGUCAAAUGUGACAGCACUAAUAAGAACUACGUUGAUAGCACAUUUGAAUGUCACACUUGGGUUGAACUCAACAUUACUGGUGCCUACGUUUAUAAGUCCGGAGGAGUUUCUGGCGUUGCAAAUGACAAAUGGUUCAGUGAAUUCAACGUGGAACGAUACAGUGAACCAAGUGUUAUUAAAGACCUGGUAUCCGAGUGGUUAUUCGCCGGCGCACAUCAUUAUUGCAUCGGUUGUGGUGACAGUGUUGAUGAUAAUGGUGGUAGUUGGUAAUAUGUUAGUGAUAAUCGCGAUUGUGACGGAGAAGGCGUUGAAAAACAUUCAGAACUGGUUCAUCGCUUCACUGGCGGUGUCGGACUUCUUCCUUGGAUUGGUGAUAAUGCCGUUCUCCCUCGCGAACGAGCUGAUGGGGUACUGGAUCUUCGGGUUUUGGUGGUGCGAGAUACACUCGGCGAUGGAUGUGCUGCUGUGCACAGCAUCCAUCAUGAACCUGUGCCUCAUCUCGCUCGAUCGCUACUGGAGCAUCACUCAGGCGGUAGAUUAUCUCAAAAAACGGACUCCAGCGCGCGCCGCGCUUAUGAUCGCGGCAGUGUGGCUCAUGAGUGCUCUAGUGUGUAUACCGCCGCUGCUGGGCUGGCGGGUGACGCGGCCGCCGGAGCAGUUCCCGCAGUGCAAGGUGUCGGAUGACAUCGGGUACGUGGUGUACUCCGCGCUGGGCAGCUUCUACAUCCCGUCCUGCAUCAUGGUGUUCGUCUACAUCCGGAUAUACUUCGCCGCCAAGGCACGGGCGCGGAGAGGCAUCAGGAAGAACCCCAGACCCAGACCAAAUGAACAACAAACGAGCUUCUCAAACGCGCCGAAAGGCACGCGGCCGAUGCCUACGUCAUCGUCCUUGUCUAUGCCCCCCGGUGUAGACGCUGCCAAUUCUAAUAAUAAUAGGGAGAGUCAGAUAUCAACAAUAGAGACCCAGCAGGUUGCCAUACCCACGGUGACCUGCGACUUCGCCUCCGACAUCUCCACCAGCGAGGCGGGCGACAUCGCCGCAGCUCCAGAUGAGAGGAAAGACACGCUUAAGGUGGUAACAUCAGCUCAAGUGACGAGAAACCCGUUAGCCGCGUGCCAGUAUAGAAGUUCCACACUCUCCGUCAACGGAGAGUUAGCUCUCCAAUCGCAGAGAAAUAGAGCCCAAAGCGUGGCCAUAGACACUGACAUGGUAUCAGAGUUGGAACCCUCUUCCUCCGACUCCGGGGUCGCGACGCGAUGCGCUGUCGUCAAACCUCUAAAACUAAGGAUAUGUCAGCCCAUAUUCGGUAAAAAGAGUGACUCAUCCAGAAGACAAGAGAAAACGCAACCCACAAAAGCGGAAUUAGAACCCGCUUUACCAAAACAACACAAACCCAGAGACCCGGAGAGAGAGAAGAGAAGAUUGGCACGCAAAAAAGAGAAACGUGCGACAUUGAUAUUAGGUUUAAUUAUGGGUAGUUUUAUAGCGUGUUGGCUGCCAUUUUUCUUUUUGUACAUAUUAAAAGCAGCCUGUAGAUGGUGCGUUAUACCGGGCAGCGCGUUCGCUAUAGCGUUCUGGUUGGGCUAUAUGAACUCUGUGCUAAAUCCUGUAAUAUACACGAUAUUCAAUAAGGAUUUCCGAAGGGCGUUCCGGAGGAUACUGUUCAAGUGAUGUUUAGCUUACCUGUGCUGCUACAGGUGCGUGGCCAACCGGAUAUUGUUGGCUCAACAGCGGGCAGUACCAGGUCUUUACAAUGUGCGUUAAUCAUCCAUCUCUUACACUACGCAUACUGGAUUCCCUACACUGUGAUUGUGUUGACGCUUAUAAUGUGUUAAUUUUUCUCUGACUCUUUGCAAGCAAGCCACUCUGGACAGUUAAUUUAUCUCAUGUAGAUACUAUACUGUAAUUUAUUUAAUUCGUACAGUUGUAUUUUAGUUCUUACAGCAUUUGCACACGACGACUUUUUUGUCGUGCGACUGACGUGUAUAAAAAAAUAUUUCAAUUUACUCUAAGCUUUUCAAUUGUAAUUCCUUGGUUUAAUUUAGGAAUUUAAUUUUUUAAAUUGGCUUGGCUCUAAUGCGCUGUUUUAUUCAAAACCACAGAAUAUAGAAAAGUGUACAAAAUUAGUGCUUACAUCCAUAAAUACCGCCCUGUCAUCAAUUUAGUACCGCCAAGCUAUUUACUGUAUCGGCAAGCAUAUUAAUAGAAAGUGUCACAAUAAAGUAAUGUUUUUUUUAAUCUUUGUUUAAAAGAGCUUGGUCCAUUGCGGACUAUGUCGCUCUGUAAGACCUUUAUAUCAUAAAAUCAACAAACUUAAUUAAUCUUCUUCAUACAUUUUUUGUAUAAUUGUACCUGGCCUUCUCUGAUUGAGGAGGGGCUAGGGCAUAAUUAAAGUAAUUCUUCUUUAAAGUGAAAUCUAGCAUCUUUGACUAAAAGUAUGAUAUGACUUACUUAACAUUAAUUAGGUGAUACCACAGUCAAAAGAAAAAAAAAUAUUGUCGUCAAAAAAUAUUUAUUUGCAAAGAAAUCGGUUUACUAAGUAAAUUAAAAAAAAGUAAUCGCUAGGAUUUUCAAUCGUAUUUCUACAAAUGUCGUUAAGUCGCUAUAAGACGCGAUUGUCGCUAUUCAAAAUGUCGUCGCGUGCAAAGGCGUUGUAUUAUAAUGCAGUUAAUCUAUUUUGUACCGAAAUAGUACUUUAGUCUGACAAGUUCGUGGAUGACACUCCCAUGAUGUGCGGGCGACGGGGGGAAAGAUUGCGAGUGUAAAAUCAUGCGUGCGGGAAGUGACGUGCAUCAGUCGUGGGUUUUUCAUUCAUCGCUACACGCCCCUCGCCCACUAACACGGGAGUGUUACGAACGAAGUUGCCAAGCUAUAUAAGUUGAUGUUGUUUGUGAAAUUGAAUAAACUAAACUAAAUUUAAUUUUUCUUUGUGCAAAACGUAACAAUGCAGACUAGAAAACAAUAUUUUUUUUAUAAAUGAGAACUGAAUAAAUCGUCAUCAACCCAUAUUCGGCUCACUGCUGAGCUCGAGUCUCCUCUCAGAAUGAGAGUAUGCAGGUUUCCUCACGAUGUUUUCCUUCACCGAUUGAGACACGUGAUAUUUGAUUUCAUAAAAUGCACACAACUGAAAAGUUGGCCCGGCCCCGGACCGGAUUCGAACCCACACCCUCCGGAAUCGGAGGCAGAGGUCAUAUCCACUGGGCUAUCACGAAAGAUUACUUCCUUAUAAACAAAAGUACUGGUAAACUUAAAUUUAGUUUAGUUUAUUAUCAACAAUAUUUUUUAAUUAAUAUUUAAAACGUUCGAGUAAUUGUUUGUAUAUUUUGUACAUUUGUGUAUAAGUUACAGAUCUGAUAUUUUAAUAUGUUAAGGUAUAUACCUACUCCCAAAACCACAAAGUGUUAGCUUUUAGCGAUGUCUGGUCUGUGCCCAAAACAAUAAGUUUAAAAAACUUUGUUAUUGUUAUGUGAACAUUUAUUAAGUUUUUACCAAAAGUGUUUUAAAAUCUGCAGUAAAUACUUGGCUAUAGGUUUAGACAAUAUUUUACCAAAAUUCUACUCUCGAAAAUAUUUUCCGCGAUUUUCCGUGAUGUGUAAGUGGUUACAUGGAUUUUUUAAAAAUGAAAAUUGGAUGAGUUGGAGAAGUUCUUUUCUUUCUCUGAAAUUGUCUUAAAAUAGAAUUUACCAGAGAGACAAAUGUUUUAAAUAUUGAUUUUUUAUGUAUUUGUAGUUAACGUAAUUUCUUAUAUAUUACACAAAGCUGAAAAAAAAUUUUGAUCGAAAUCACAAAAUUAAAAAUUUACCAGAACAUGACAAUGCUUGCUUUUUAAUCUGGUAAUUUUUUAAUUUUGUAAUUUCGAUCAAAAAAAAUUUUUUUUUUAUCUUUGUGUUAAAAAAAAAUAUUUAAUUUGAUAAAAAAUAUUUAAUAGAUUGGUGGAUUAUACUUCAGCUGGUCUACACGGAAAUGAAAAAAGAAAAUUCAGUGAUUAUAUCUCUAUUGAAAAUUUCCACCAAAAUUAAGAAAUUUUUUUGCCAUUUAGGUAAAUAUCGGUCAUAGAGACAUACUCGUGACACACUAUUUUAAUAAAUCUAUUGUAACCACUAUUACUGUUUUUGGCAAAGAAAAUUUUCAAAAAUUACUAAACCACGACUCAUUUUAUGUAAAAAAAAAACAAUACUUGUAAAGGAAUGAGGGUAGUUGGUAUCAUUGUGUAAAAAUAAUAAUUAAAUAAAAAAAAAUAUACUGCAAACACUAAUGGAUUUGAAAAAAUUGUAAUAUAAAGUUUUAUGAUAUUUAUAAAUUUCUAUAAAAUAGUUUUAAUAUAUCCUAAACAAUGUAAAGAUGUUCUAUUUUAGGAAUAUGGUUUUGCUUUGGAUGUCGUAGUAAAGUGCACAGACAGGCAUGGUAAUGUGUGUGCGUGUUUUUUUUUUUUAAUUAUUACCAUCGUAAGUAAUCGGUGUGUUAAACAACAUUUUUCGAUAAACGGGUGUCAAUAACACACGCAUACCGUAUCAUUCUAAAUAAUUAAUUCUCGGCAGCCGCGUGACUCAGAGGGUAGUGACCCUGCUUUCUGCAUCCACGGUAGUGGGUUCGACUCCCACUGGAAAAUAUGUGUGUAUUGAGCAUGGGUGUGUUUCCAGUAUCUGUCUGUACUGAUACAUUACGUAUUGAUGUGUAUUUUAUAAACAUAUAUGAUAAAAUCUGCUGUUUUUGUACCCAUAACACAGGCUUCUUUUGUCGUUAAAUAAUGUUUAAGUAUUAUUUAAAAAUUAUCACUUAUCUAUAAGUCCUCUUUCGUAAGAGAGUUAAAAAAAGCGAUACGAGUACGUUAAAACCCAAUGUUUGUAUAUGUAUAUUAAGGUUCUUAAUUUAAUUAAUGGUUUACUAGUAUUUCCAACGUCUAAAAUUGAUAAUGCAACACUGCUCGAAAAAAAAACGUCGUGUUUUAAAAACGCUGUCGUGUGAAUAUUCAUUAUACUUGGAAACAUCGAUCGUAGAUCGUUAGAUGGGCCUCUAAGCGUCGCGGAAUUGUCAUUGGAUUCGCACAUUGAGUAACGCACGUCAUCACUCGUAACACAUUUCUCUUUAUUCAUGUCGUGGCUUGUGUUUUCACACUUACAAAAUGAAUACGAAGGCAUAAUUAAGGUAUUAAAUUAAAAAAAAAACAGUAAAUAUUCCACGUCUACUCACAGCAUGCGCUUAUUACGUACUAAGAUAAGAUGUGCGUCACGUCUUUGGGUAAUGACAUAAAAUUCUGCGUUCUUUAGUAUGGAAGGGGCCCAUCUAACGAUGCUUGGAAAUGCAUUUCCAAGUAAAUUUUACUUCAUACUAUAAAUUAUUUGAACGCUUACUUAACGUCCGUUAAAAAAACUCUCGUGCGAAUGAGGGCUAAGUGUAUACUUAGCAAAAUGUUUCAAUAAACGUGUUUCCAUAUGACACGCCUCUUGUCACUUCAAAUAACUUAACAAUGCAUUUUUGAUGACAUUUCUUUAAUUUACCCACACAAGCGCCUUUAAACUGUCACUUUACUACGCCGUGGAAAGCUAUACUCCGCGCCACGAAACAAGUCCCGUAGACGCGGCGCUAAUGCCUUAAUGACGCUCAUUGUUAUGUAAUGCUCUGUCAAUUUUAGUUCAAGUUUUAACAGCGGGACUUCUUCCGUGGCGCGGAGUCUAUACCAUAUUUCCGAAAAUAUAAUAACCAUGCCUAUACUAAUUCCUCUUGUACCUAAAAUACCUGUAAAAAUGUUAUUUCAAAGCUCUUUCUAAUAAGACGGGCGGUUUUCCCAGAAAAAUGUUUUUAGUUUUUGAUGAACACCUAACACUGUCAAAUUGAUACCAAAAUUAUUGUAGUACACACGAUCGAAUAAAUAUUUAUUAAAUUGAGUGUUUUCACUUUUACUCAGGUUAGAUUUUAGUUGUUAACCAUCGAUCUCCUAUUAAAAAGUGGAUGCACAAUCAGCGACCAUAAAACGUCCCCACUCAAUGAGUGCCAAACACAACUUCGUGGCACUCAAUUCAAGUAGUCGCAUUUGCAAAUUCAACCUUAAA